UCUUCUGCGACGAACGUUAUUUUGAUACCGAAAACGAUUUUCAAUUAAAUUGAAACUAUCUAAUUAUGCAAUCCUUAAUCUUUGGCCAUCUAUUAUUAUCAUUAAUUAUCACGACGAUUAUAUUAAUCAAUAUAAAUGUUGGUGACGAAGAGACAAUUGACUCAAACUGCAACGAAGAUGAAAUCAGAUUCACUCUUGGUCAGAAAUUAAGGGAAAAAUACAGUCUUCUAAACCAGCCGGCUAUCGAUCCAGAUGAUCCAGUGGUUAUUUACUAUGAUGUGGCAUUGCGACAACUCUUUAGAGUGGAUGAGAAACAUCAAGUCCUCUCACUGCUUCUCUGGGAACGAUCGUCCUGGAUUGACCCCAAUCUGAAGUGGGACCCGCUGGACUUCUGCAACAUCACUGAGAUCCGGAUGAAGGAGACAGAGGUGUGGGUACCAGACAUCGUAAUAACCAACAGCGCUGUCAUAGAAGCGAUCCGCAAAAAUUUGGCUAUUGUUGAGCAACACGUUGAACUUUUCAGACAGCUCGCGUUCGAUCCGCGACCAUGA